AUAGUCUAUGGUAUGGUCUCGGUCGGCGAUGAUUUCGUUUCGUAUUCCGUAAUUUUGCUAUUAUUUCAACUCGUAACACAUUAUAUACAUUUCUAACGUAUGUUUUCAGCCGUGUGAUUUCUAAAGUAACGUUGUUGUUAUUUUAAUUUGAAGUUAUAAUUUGUAUUCUGCGGUAUUACAUACAAAAUUGCCUUCAGGUUAUUAUGUUACUCAACAAAACCAGGCUGGUGGGUUUCACAAAUAAAUCUCGCAAGAGCAAUAUGGAGGGUAACUCCACGUCAGACAUUGUGAUCAUAAGCGGCAACUCACACCCUGAACUAGCGGAAUUAAUUGCUAAUCGCCUUGGUGUGAGAAAGGGAGGAUGCUCAGUGUAUCACAAAACAAACAGGGAAACUAUUGUUGAAAUUGCUGAUUCCAUUCGUGGAAAAAAUAUUUACAUUGUCCAGACUGGCACUAAAGAUGUAAACAACAACAUAAUGGAGUUAUUGAUAAUGGCGUACGCUUGUAAGACUUCCUCUGCAAGGUCCAUUGUCGGAGUGAUUCCAUACCUGCCUUACAGCAAGCAAUGUAAGAUGAGGAAGCGAGGAUGCAUCGUCACCAAACUCCUAGCUAAAAUGAUGUGUAAAUCAGGUUUGACACAUAUCAUCACAAUGGACCUUCACCAAAAGGAAAUUCAAGGUUUCUAUGAGUGUCCCGUUGAUAAUUUGAGGGCAUCUCCCUUCUUAUUGCAGUACAUUCAAGAAAGUAUUCCAGAUUACCGAAAUUCGGUGAUAGUGGCUCGUAAUCCAGGGUCUGCUAAAAAGGCCACUUCAUACGCUGAGCGUUUACGAUUAGCCAUCGCUGUGAUUCAUGGUGAACAGAAGGAAGCUGAAAGUGACGAAGUAGAUGGGCGCUACUCACCUCCUUGCUUACCUAAUCGAUCUCGCACCAUGGAUGUGUCUGUGGGAGUUCCAGUACAUCCAGCUAAGGAGAAGCCGCCUAUCAAUGUGGUGGGUGAUGUGGGAGGCAGAAUAGCUAUUAUGGUGGACGACAUGAUUGAUGAUGUUCAGUCAUUUGUCGCCGCUGCGGAGGUGCUAAAAGAAUGUGGGGCGUAUAAAAUUUAUGUACUGGCAACCCAUGGGCUGCUCUCGUCUGAUGCGCCGCGACUUAUUGAAGACUCGCCCAUCGAUGAAGUCGUGGUCACCAACACGGUGCCGCACGAACUACAGAAGAUGCAGUGUAACAAGAUUAAAACCAUCGACAUAUCAGUGCUGCUCAGCGAGGCGAUCAGACGUAUCCACAACAAGGAGUCCAUGUCUUACCUGUUCAAAAAUGUAACCCUCGAAGAUUAGUCAUACCUGAUGUAGCUUUCCAUGUUUUAAUGUUAAGUAUUAAUUAAGUAUUAUAUUCCUAAUUGAGUUUUAUAGUCACUGUAUCCAUUGUAUUAUUAUUUUUAUAAAAUUGCCAUCAAAUGUUGAUAUUGCACUAGAAUGAAGUAUUCAAUUAAGUAUUAUAACAGUUCAUGGUUCAGUCGACUUUGGAGUAAAGGACGACGUGGAAUCGAUGUUUUUAAUUAUCGGGCGAAAUGCAAUAAUAUCGCUCGAUCUUAGAAAUUCGCAGUAAUACUGUGAAGUCUUGUAUUGUGCCUGGUUUACAGCAAUAAGCUCGCUAUUUAUAAAUGUCUUAACAAUAAAGAAGUAUCACAUAUUGAAUAUGUUAGCUUCUAUUUAGCCCUUCAAGUAAGAAAGGCGUGUUUACGUAUUAUUAUGUUUUCUUACUAGUGGUUAUAAAACUCUGAAUGGAAUGAUUAUAUAAUUCCUUGUUUUGUGUAUUCUAUUUGUUUAGGUUGCUUAUUAUAAUUGUUGAUUUCAAUCAACAUUUGAUGUUUAUUUGAAAUCUGAAACGAUUACUAUCCAUACCUCUUAUGGCAAGUGCAAAGAUGUUAUUAGAACACCUUCAGUCAGUCAGACUCACUAUUUGAUUUUGUAUUUAAUAUGUUACAAUGCAUUUCGUUUUGUUUGUAUUUACUGCAUUUGUUUGCUCACUUUGUAAACUAGUAGAACUAGUAUUGUUCCAUACCAAAAAUAAAAGGACACAAGGGAACAUUGUAAAAAAAGAAGAAAUUAUAAAAUGUAUCAUAGUUAUAAGAAGGCUUUGUUGUAUUAUGUGGAGGUAAUUUAGGUGUGUUAAGAAUUAAAUGUAUAUCAAUUAAUUACUAAACGUAUAGACAGUUUUUAUUUUAAUUUCUUUUUUGAGUCCUUUCUCAAUAACGAAGUGGUUUAUUAUUUUUUCCGUUAUUAAUCAUGAUCAGUCAGCUCCGUCCAGCGUACUAAGCAAUAUGUACUUGGGCAAAAGUUCCCCAAAGAAGUGGGUAUUGAAUUAAAGCUAAUAUCACUGUUUCAUGUCUCAUGUGAGUAAGUCAUAAUUGCUGUCUGUUAUUUCUGUUUUUGCCUUUUCACAUGCACUGGGUACCGGAUAACUGGCGACAAAUGUAUGUUAGAACGAGCUGGUACACGUGAAAGCGAUACACGGCUAUACACUUUCCUAUUGGUCAAUACCGGGUAUCCGGAUACCAGAGGGCCGUUUUUUACAUUGCCGCAUUUAUCGCUCUGAUUGGUUGGUCAAUUGGAGCUGGCAAAAGUGUUAAAGUAUUGAUCGCGUUAAAGUAAAACGAACUCUCACUACGGACUCAGACUACCCCUUAUCUACCAUACCAACCCUUGUUGGUCAAACUACUGAAAAAUUUAUUCAAUACAUUUUUAACUCUAUUGUUUUGUAAUACAGUCGAAAAUCUAUUGAAGAAACAACUGAUUGGGAGUAAAUUGAUUUGCUGGCUCAUAUCAUGAUAUUUUUAUUUUGCUUCGCCAGAACCAAUCUGAGAUUGACUGAAGAUCUAACAUUACUACCGAUUUCAUAUUUUAAAAUACAUUUUUAUCUUUUUAUAUCGAAAAAUAGGUAUACCUUACAUAUGUACCUUAUACAUAAAUAAUGUCACGAAGUCGCUUUACACAGCGUUUGUUGAUUAUGCAAUGUUUAUAACAGAAGAUAUCCUUCUGACUUUUACAUUUUAUAGAAAGAGUUAUAUAUUAUUACGAGUCUAUAUUUUUUCUUAAAAAUGUUGAUAGGGUAAUUAUAGCUUUCUUUUGAAUGACUAUUAGAUGAAUGUAUGUAGAAAUUUAUCUUUAUGUAUAAUGUGGCUAUCGAUAUGGCUUACGCGUCGCCAGUGCUAGGUAUUUAUACGUAAUGUAAUUAGUGUCACCUUUGUCUUUAUAAUCGGAAUGCUAUGAAAAUAAGGAAUACAUGUUUAAAUAACAUCCCUGAUACCUGAUCAUGGUCACAGACUGGCUAAAGUAACAUAUAUACGUCUCGAUAAAUAAAUACAUACAUAGACAUACCUACAAAUUAUUGUAAUACAUAAAUUAAUUGUAGAAUAUAUAAAUAAAUGAAAUUGUGGCAUA